AUGAGCGGGAGCGGCGCGGCGCCCGGCCCGGGCUCGGGCUCCUCCCCGGCCGCCUGCCGCUUCGCGCACUACUUCGUGCUGUGCGGGAUCGACGCAGACAGCGGGCUGGAGCCCGACGAGCUGGCGGUUUUGUACCAAUGGCUAGAAGCAGAUCGUCAUGGCAAGAGCCAAGAUGCUACAAAUACGACUUCAGGUGAAAAUUUUGACCAGAGUCCUUUGAGAAGAACAUUCAAAUCCAAAGUGCUGGCCCACUAUCCUGAGAAUAUAGAAUGGAACCCUUUUGAUCAAGAUGCAGUGAACAUGUUGUGCAUGCCUAAAGGGCUAUCUUUCAGAACUCAGACUGACAAUAAAGACCCUCAGUUCCACUCAUUUAUAAUUACCCGGGAAGAUGGCUCUCGUACCUAUGGUUUUGUUCUGACCUUUUACGAAGAAGUUACCAGUAAGCAGAUCUGCACAGCCAUGCAGACGCUCUACCAGAUGCACAACGCCGAGCAUUACAGCAGUGUGUACGCUUCGUCCUCCUGCAGCAUGGAUUCGCUGGCCAGCAGUAUUGAUGAGGGAGACACCACUUCCCUUUUGAAACUCCAGCGGUACAACUCCUAUGACAUCAGCAGAGACACGCUGUAUGUUUCAAAAAGUAUAUGCUUGAUCACACCACUGCCUUUCAUGCAGGCCUGCAAGAAGUUCCUCAUCCAGCUUUAUAAAGCAGUAACCUCCCAGCAGCCGCCGCCCUUGCCACUUGAGAGCUACAUCCAUAACAUUCUCUACGAGGUACCCCUUCCACCUCCAGGGAGAUCACUGAAAUUUUAUGGUGUUUAUGAACCCGUCAUCUGCCAGAGACCUGGACCCAGUGAACUCCCCCUUUCUGAUUACCCUCUUCGAGAGGCCUUCGAGCUUCUGGGAUUGGAGAACCUGGUGCAGGUGUUUACCUGUGUUCUUUUAGAGAUGCAGAUCCUUCUCUACUCACAAGAUUAUCAACGCUUGAUGACUGUGGCGGAAGGCAUCACCACACUUUUGUUCCCAUUUCAGUGGCAGCAUGUUUAUGUGCCCAUCCUCCCUGCUUCUCUGCUACAUUUUCUUGAUGCUCCUGUCCCUUAUCUGAUGGGCCUUCAGUCAAAAGAAGGAACUGACCGUUCUAAACUAGAACUUCCUCAAGAGGCUAAUUUGUGUUUUGUGGAUAUUGACAACCAUUUUAUUGAACUGCCUGAAGAAUUUCCACAAUUCCCCAAUAAGAUGGAUUUUAUCCAGGAACUCUCUGAAGUGCUUCUUCAAUUUGGGAUCCCUCCUGAGGGUAGCCUCCAUUGCAGUGAGAGUGCCACAAAACUGAAGAAUCUGGUUCUGAAGGACUUGGUUAAUGACAAGAAGAAUGGUAACGUCUCCACUAACAACAUCAGCAUGUAUGAGUUACUGAAGGGCAAUGAAACCAUAGCCCGCCUCCAAGCUCUGGCCAAGCGGACCGGUGUGACUGUGGAAAAAAUGGACCUCUCUGCCACACUGAGUGAAAAAGAAAAGGAUUUAAAACUGCAGUGUGAAGAGGCAGAACUAAGGGACUACCAGCUCAACGUGCAGCUCCGUGAGGUCUUUGCUAACCGCUUUACACAGAUGUUUGCAGAUUAUGAAGCGUUUGUGAUUCAGACUGCCCAGGACAUGGAAUCCUGGCUGACCAACCGAGAACAAAUGCAGAACUUUGACAAAGCUUCCUUUCUCUCUGACCAGCCUGAGCCUUACCUGCCAUUUCUUUCACGCUUCAUUGAAACACAGAUGUUUGCCACCUUUAUUGAUAAUAAAAUUAUGUCUCAGUGGGAAGAGAAGGAUUCAUUGCUUCGGGUCUUUGACUCUCGGAUUGAGAAGAUGAGACUGUAUAAUGUAAGGGCGCCCACCUUGAGGACAUCUAUUUAUCAGAAAUGCAGCACUUUAAAAGAAGCAGCCCAAUCAAUUGAGCAGCGACUAAUGAAAAUGGAUCACACUGCAAUCCACCCACAUCUGCUUGAUAUGAAAAUUGGUCAAGGCAAAUAUGAGCAAGGGUUCUUUCCAAAGUUACAGUCUGAUGUCUUGGCAACAGGACCAACUAAUAACAAUCGCUGGGUAAGUCGGAGUGCCACUGCACAGCGCAGGAAAGACCGCCUUCGCCAACACUCAGAGCACAUUGGAUUGGACAAUGACCUGCGGGAGAAGUAUAUGCAAGAGGCAAGAAGCUUAGGAAAAAACCUGAGGCAACCCAAAUUGUCAGACCUCUCUCCUGCAGUGAUUGCACAAACCAACUGCAAAUUUGUAGAAGGCUUAUUAAAAGAAUGUAGAAUGAAGACAAAGCGCAUGUUGGUGGAGAAGAUGGGACACGAAGCAGUGGAACUGGGCCAUGGAGAAGCAAACAUAACCGGCUUGGAAGAGAACACCUUGAUCGCCAGCCUCUGUGACCUACUGGAAAGGAUAUGGAGCCACGGCUUGCAGAUCAAGCAGGGGAAGUCAGCUUUGUGGUCACAUUUAAUUCAGUUUCAGGACAGAGAAGAGAAGCAAGAGCACCUUGCAGAAUCUCCAGUUGCCCUUGGACCAGAAAGAAGAAAAUCUGACUCAGGAGUUAUGUUGCCAACACUCAGGGUCUCUCUUAUCCAAGACAUGAGGCAUAUUCAGAACAUGAGUGAGAUCAAGACAGACGUCGGACGAGCUCGGGCAUGGAUAAGACUAUCUCUAGAGAAGAAGCUCUUGUCCCAGCAUCUAAAGCAGUUGCUCUCCAACCAGCCACUCACCAAGAAGCUUUAUAAGCGUUAUGCUUUUCUACGCUGUGAAGAAGAAAGAGAGCAGUUUCUUUACCAUCUUCUUUCCCUCAAUGCAGUUGACUACUUCUGCUUCACCAGCGUGUUCACCACUAUCAUGAUUCCAUAUAGGUCCGUGAUCAUCCCCAUCAAAAAGCUGAGCAAUGCGAUCAUCACAUCGAACCCUUGGAUCUGUGUAUCAGGAGAGCUAGGAGACACGGGAGUAAUGCAGAUUCCCAAAAACCUCCUUGAAAUGACUUUUGAGUGCCAGAACUUGGGGAAGCUGACCACUGUUCAGAUUGGUCACGAUAACUCAGGACUGUUAGCCAAAUGGCUAGUGGAUUGUGUCAUGGUCAGAAAUGAGAUCACAGGACAUACAUACAGGUUCCCAUGUGGGCGGUGGUUGGGGAAAGGCAUUGAUGAUGGAAGCCUGGAGAGAAUCCUUAUUGGGGAAUUGAUGACCUCGGUGGCAGAUGAGGAUCUGGUAAAGCAGUGUCGGACUCCACCCCAGCAGAAAUCGCCCACCUCGGCUCGGAGACUGAGCAUCACUUCACUGACAGGAAAAACCACCAAACCCAAUGCUGGACAGAUCCAAGAAGGAAUUGGAGAAGCUGUGAAUAAUAUUGUGAAACAUUUUCACAAACCUGAAAAAGAGAGAGGAAGCCUCACGGUGUUGCUGUGUGGAGAAAAUGGACUGGUUGUGGCACUUGAACAAGUCUUCCAUCAUGGAUUCAAAUCUGCUCGCAUCUUCCACAAGAAUGUCUUCAUCUGGGACUUCAUAGAGAAAGCAGUUGCUUAUUUUGAAAGCACUGACCAGAUUCUAGACAAUGAAGAUGAUGUCCUUAUUCAGAAAUCAUCCUGCAAAACCUUUUGCCACUAUGUAAAUGCUAUUAAUACUGCACCCAGGAACAUUGGGAAGGACGGCAAAUUCCAGAUUUUAGUUUGCCUUGGAACACGGGAUCGCCUGCUCCCACAGUGGAUCCCACUCUUAGCCGAGUGUCCUGCUAUUACCCGAAUGUAUGAGGAGAGCGCCCUCCUGCGCGACCGCAUGACUGUCAACUCUCUCAUCCGCAUUCUGCAGACCAUUCAGGACUUCACCAUAGUCUUGGAAGGAUCACUCAUCAAAGGAGUGGAUGUGUAACCCACGUGACUAGAAACUCUCAGUCCAGACCCCUUGUUCCCGAACCUUCCCCAGCUAUGGGGACUGAUUUGGACUUGUCUGACAAGGUAGUGAGUCACUGCAGGGGCAACACACUGUAUUCCCCAAUUUGAACAAUCCUCACACUACAGACAAGGGAAAAUGCUGUAUUGUAGUUCAUUUGAACCUGGAAUUUAGUAUAAAAUAGAGUAUUUUCAUGUGUUAGAUGUGUGUAAAUAUGCUCUUCUUUAAGAAAUUAUAUUACUCUAAUAAGAUACUUUUCUUAGAUUAAAUAUUCCUGUGAUUUAAAAUAAGUUGCUUAACCGCAUUGGGAGUUGGGGAGGGGAAGAGUGGUGCUAGCCAGGAAGAAGCCAGUAAACAUGUAAUUACAGUGCAACCGAGUCGGGCUUUUUUUUCCCUCCAGGUAUCACAAAGGAUCCCAGAAUGCAUUGUUAUGUCGUAGCCAUCCGUCCUGGUGUGUCCGAGUCUUUGUAUUGUGAAAGUGAACAGCUUUACCUACUGUACGUGACAGUCCACACUUCAAUGUUUUUUUAAGUUACAAAUGGUUUCAUACAUUUGAAUUGAGUCACUUUUCCAGUCUUUUGGAAAAAUUUUUCCGUCCGCACAAGCUAAAGAUAUGAUUCAAAUAUUUUAAAUACUGGACCCCAGGAGCUUGGCUGAACUGGAAAGAGAACACACAAAGCGCUGAGAAGUAUGUUAAAUUGUAGGAUUAUAACUUCUUUACACUUUGGAAAGAUUAGCCUAGACUAACUUCAUUCUUCACAUUUUUAUUCUUGUUAUGUGAGGUACUUUGCAGAGAUGUGAAUUUCAAAGUGUUGGUCUCAAAGUUCUAAGAACUGCAAACGGCAAUUUGAUUCUGUACUUAAAAUUUGGCCAUCUAACCCCUGCAGCAGUUCCUUACCUCAAGGAUAAUCUCAAACCCUCUCUUUGUUAGGUUCCAGUCCCCACUCCCCUCCCCUCUUCCUGUGCCCAUCCCCCUCUCAGGAAAUGGAAGGAAUGUCUAAGAAGGAGGAGGGCUCUGUGUAACUUGGAAUGUUUUUGUGAAAGUAUUUGUUGACCAAGAUAAUGCAAAUAACAGAGGGAAAGAGCAAGAAUGAACCCUUUCUGGGUGUUUCAGGGCAAGUUUUUAUGUUCCUUUUUUAAGAAAGGUUAAUAAUAUAAAACAACUGGCCUGGAGAAGGUAAAAGCCAGGGCCGCACAGACUGACAAAAAUGGAAGCAGAAUGAGAGGCAACAGUUUUUAAAGACCAAACAUUGUGAGUAGCUUUCCAACUUGGCAUUUUAUAAGGAAGUUAAAUAAAUGUGGUGUUAGCUAGUUACCUUGAGUCUUCACUUAUGGUAGGUCCUGUAACUAAUUGGGCAUUUGCACACUGUUAGCGAUGAAAUUGCCUCACAGAGCUCUGAGUUUUAUUCCCACUUGUGGCUGAGAAGCAAAACCAUGGCCUCUCAGGACCCUUGUACAAUCUUGAGGGUCCUGGGCUUUAGCCAACAGUAUUGUUUCCCUUAUUUCCUGGAGGAAGAAAUUAAACAAACAAGGGCUUCACUCCCUUUAUCAAACACUCUAUUCUGUAUUCAGCUGGGGUGACUAAGGCACAUCCCCUUUUAAUCUGUGACUUAGUACUUGAGGAGCACCAGGGGAGCUGAAGGCAGCAUUUAGAAACCCAGGGAAGGGCUUUAGAAAGAUUAUUCUGGGUGACCUGGGCACACAGGAGAUGUGUUCGCCUGAGGCUAAGGGCUGUCUGCCUUGGUGUAGCUCUUCCAAGGACCUAGAAGGUCUUUCAUGGGAGGUAUCCAGAACCUACUUCACACGGGGUUCUUAUGUUGCAGUGAUUAGAAACCACAGAAUGAUCAGUGCAGGGUUUUAUUCUUGUACCUUUCUUAGAAGGCCAUCAUUCUGGCACACUCUGGGCAGCUGAGAGAUGACUUAUGUGAGCAUGCUAGCAUUGAGCCAUCAUUUUGUAGAUGGGAACACUUGAGGAUCAGAGGGUUUAAAUACUUAGCCCACAGCUGGUCAGUGACAAAACAGAGUCUAGAGCUCAUGUCUUUUAUUACACCAAGGCUGCGUGAGACUGAGAGCCAAGGAGGCAUUCAUAUUAAUAGUCUUUCUACCCCUGGAUCUUUAUCCAUCCAUCUAAACAGGUAGGAAAUAACUGUUAACAUUCAUUUAUAAUAAUCAUUUAUAAGGAUUAAUUUAACAUUCAUUUUAACAAAUGGUUCUCAAGUGGUGGAGAAUUACAUCCAUUACAAAAACCGGGAGCAAAAUUGGAUUUGGGGCCUGUGAAUAAAGCUAUUACUUUAAAAAGUAGUACCCCCCAAAAGAGUUAUACCUAAAGUCUUAUCCCACUUUGUGUAGUAUGACCACAACAGUGGAAGUGACCAAUUUCAAAAGAGAUAAUCACACCAGAACUGACCCCUCCUCUAGAAUGCUGGAGCCUUUAAAUUGAUCACCUGGGGAGCCCAUAUAGUUAUUCCAGUGACAACAGCCAUGUCUCCAUACAUGUGGGGACCUCCUUGCAAGCUGCUUGAAUGGCCUACAGCCCAUUCUUCUGACUAUUGGCAGUUAUGGUAAAUCUUGACAUUUUAUUUUUUUUUUUUUUUAAAUCUUGGCAUUUUAAAAGAAAUUUAGUAUUUGCAAACAAAAAGUCCUUAGGAUCCGAGUUGAUGAAUAAAAAUGAUGUUUAAGCAGAGUUUGAGGUCACAAAAGAAACAGUUCUAAAGAAGUAAGACUUAGAGUUCUUACGUGGCUUAUAGUUGCCAAUACCAGAAUAUUUUGAGCAGGACGGUAGCAGAACCCUUAGAAUAAGUGUCCAUAGCUGGCUUUUGGAAGGACCAUACCCAGUGAGAGGUAUCCUUUUUGCUGUAUUAAUUUUUUUAAUUAGUAUAUUGCUUCAUAAUCACACCUUAGAGUUAAAGUAAGUAAAAAUCAAUUUUGUAAUUGACUUUUUUUCUUCAAAAUAAACUAAAAAUAAUGUCUGGAAUUACAAUUAGUAUUUUCAAAUAACAAUAGCUUGAGAAGAAAUUGUUUUAAAAUGAAAUUGCCAAAAAUAUUACCUCUUGAAACAUCUAAUUUCCAGGUGUUUUUCAAAUGUCUGGAAACUCCGAAUCUCAGCCUUUCUGACACAGUGGCAGCACACUGUUGUUGGUACUGUGUGUGAACCCAGUUAGCAUUGCCCUGGGUCGGGCUCAUUAGCUCCUUAAAACUGCCUGAGGCUUGGUGUGGGGUGUGGAGUUGCUUACAGUGGGGGGGUAGGGUGUGGAAUAGCUUAAAGUGGGAUUCUAAUUGGUGUGAAAUAGGGCUACGGAGAACAAAAUUUCCUCCUCUUCCCCUAUCCCACUGGGAGCAAGAGUUUGAUAUAAGAAAUCUGAAACAUGCAAAAGUUUGCAAUUUCCCUCUAAAAUUUAUUUUCAGUGUUUCACACAUUUUUGAACCUUUGUAACCCUGUGGUAUUUACUUUAACAUGCCUUUUUAAAAAGUCGUUUUCAUGAAUUUCUGUCACACUACAUGAAUGAUAUAGGGGAAAUAACUGAAUUGCUUGUAUUUCCUUUUUUUGGAAUAAAGCACUGUUAUAUGUAAAUGUAAUGAAAGAGAGGUAGAGAUGAUACUUAACGGUUUGUGUGUAGUAUAUGUUGACACCUCUAAGAUAUUUUGAAACAUGAAGCAACAAAUAAGGAUCUCAGAUCCCCGGGGAAAUAUUUAUUUGACAUCAUUGAGAAUGUAGCUCUUAAUUGAAAUACGUUCUUUCUGCUAAGAAUUAAGAUUUUUCAGUGGGUUUUCAUUUUGAGAAUUUUAUUUUUCUCUGUGAGGUUUACAGAAACUGUCCUUUUCACCAUGUUGAAAGGACAGUCUGAACCUUUGCUAUUUAUAUUUCAGUAUUAACACACCUUCGUUGAUGGGAAUGGAGUCUCGAGCUCCUCUCUACUUUAGUGAAUCUUGUUUCCGAGUCAUCAGUUUCUUUUGAAGCCCCUGUUCCUUACAUAAGUAUUUGUUACUUAUUUAGCUUAAAAGGAGACGGAAAUGAAUAAUAAACUUCUAGGUCCCUUAUUUCUAUUUAAAUACAUUUAUAAAUCUGUUGAAUUUCCAAGCUUUUUUGAAGAGUGCUGAUGAUGUGAUCAGAGGAUUGCAAGAAACUCAUCCUCCCAGAUCUUUCCUGAGAUGAUCAUCCUCUCAAAGACAGAAACAAGAUUAGCUCCAGAAAUGUAUCACAUUGAGCAGUUGACAGCAGAGUGAAAAAAAAAUACAUAUUGAAAAGCUUCUCUUCAUUUGAAGGAACCCAGGGCAUCCUUGGGUUAUGUAGGAGAGAAUCACACUUCAUCCGGUUUCCUGAAUGGAUUUGUGUGUAGCUCCGGGUCUAUUCCAAACCAGAUCUUGUUGACAGUAGAGAGGAGUUCCUGUUGUCAAUCACAUGAAGGUGUUAAACAUAGACAAAAUCUUCUGUGUUACACUUGAACCUUGAACCUGUAUAAAUGUACCCAGUGUAUCUUUUUAAACAAUGAACAUUUCUGCAUUUAAAUUAUAUUGUGUUUCUUUAUAUUGUUGACAAUGCAUCAGAACUGGAUUUUUUUUCCCCUCAUCUGAACAUAAUAUAAAAUUUAAAGAGUAUUGUGAUAUCAAGCACUUUAACAUACAUAUAAGAGAAACUGACGUGGGUUUUUCAGGUUUUGGAGUACAUUUAAAUAUGACUUUUCAUGCUUUGUUCUUUACAAAUAAAACUGUGGGAUUGAUA